AAAUUUGGGAACUAAAAAAAAAAAAGAAAUUGCCGCAAUGACAAAGUAGUAAUAUUUUGAUAAUAAAAUAUAAAUAAAAAAGCCAAUGCACUGCUCAUCUGUGUUACGUUGCACCCAGAAGUUCUUUUUCUUUUUAUUAUUGCAAGUGUUAAAUUUCAUUGAAAUCCAGCUAUUGUAAAAAUGAAAUAUUGGCUUGGUAGUAACCAAUCCAAAUAUGUCUGCGCUGUAAUUGUGAAUUGCAUUUAAAAACAAUGAGCACAUCAUGUAACAUGUAUUCUUUUUUUCAAAUAAAAUUGCCGUAGUAUUUAUUUAUGAUGUGAAAGAGGAGUCCGCAUGACGGAUACCUAUUAAUGAUAUGAAUGAGUGGAUGCUAAAUAUUUUUUAAUGCUGAGCGCGACUUUUUUGAGAUUUUACAAUGAGGUUCCACAGAAGGUGUGGCGAUAGAGUCACAUUACUUAAUGAUAACUUAACAGCAGUAAGGAAUUUUGUGGAGUUCAACCAUGGCUUGAUUUUAAGUGCUGAGCCUCUCAAGGAUGAUGUUUUAUUUGAAAUUUGCAUUGAUAGGAAGGUAAAUGUGUGGAAUGGCAGCUUGGAGAUUGGUGCUACUACUCUGGAUCCAGAGUACAUGGAGCUUCCUGCAACAGCCACUAAGCUACGCAACACAGCAUGGAUAAUGUCAGGCAGUUCAAUUGUGAAAGAUGGUGUUACUCUGCUUAAUUCUUAUGGACCAGAACUUGAGACUCUCAGAGAGCGGGAUUAUGUUGGUGUUAUGAAAACAAGCAAGGGAGAAUUGAUGUUUUACAUCAAUGGCAGAUGUCUCGGUAUAGCGGCUACAGACUUGCCUUCAAAAGUAUUUGCAGUUAUAGACUUAUAUGGACAAUGUGUGCAAGUUUCAGUUGUCAAUACAAAUGGAAACCGAUCUGCAAUGGAUGGCAGCUUAGACCAGAUCGAGGAGGACCCCAAUAACGAUGACACACUUACAUCAAGCGAGAUGGAAGGUGCAGGCUUUUCAGCAGACAAUUAUCCAAAAGAUAUGCCUCACAAUGCUUAUUUGCCUAUGACGUCAGAAGGUGCUUGCGCGUUAGUUGCGCAGGAUCGUUUAAGAUUCCAUCCGAGAUGCGGGAUCCUCGUCAAGCUUUCUGCCAACAACAAGACGGCAGAAAGGGCGCGGCCUUUAGAUGAUUACAACAAUGGCGUUGUCAUGACCCACCGGCCCCUCUACGACAACGAACUGUUUGAAAUACGCAUCGACAGGCUCGUCGAUAAAUGGAGUGGCAGCAUUGAGAUGGGCGUGACAAGCCACAAUCCAGCUACAAUUCGGUAUCCCUCGACAAUGACCAACAUGGACUCUGGCACCAUAAUGAUGUCAGGAUGCAAGGUGCUUCUAAACGGCCACGGGACAUGCAUGGAGUAUGGGAACUUUAAUCUUGAUGAACUUAGGGAAGGCGACACCGUUGGAUUGAUGAGAAAAAGCAAUGGGAAAUUGCAUUACUUCAUCAAUGGAAUUGAUCAAGGUGUUGCAACUGACAAAGUUGACCAACAAGUUUGGGGUGUGGUAGAUCUAUACGGUAUGACUGUAAAGGUGUCCAUUGUAGACACUUCGGAGGAUAUCGACAGUAAUAUCCAAAAUAUACCACCACCAUUGGCAACGGUUGAGAGUCUGCCCGCCCCAAGCAGAUUUAGACCAAGAAUAGACGAAGAUAGCCUUUUAUUUCAUACGCUGCGUGAUUCGAAUGUUAUUAUUAUUAAUGAUGGUAAGACUGCUCAUAGGCCUAAUGCUUUCGAAUACUUCAACAAUGGUGUAGUGAUGACUAACCGCACUCUAAGGACCAAUGAAUUGUUCCAAGUGAGGUUGGACCUCGUUAUACCUAAGUGGGCCGGAAGCAUUGAAAUUGGGGUCACGCAGCAAUCAGCAAACGAAAUACAAUUACCAUACAGAAUGAGCAACGCAAAAUCCGGAACUUGGGCGGUCACUGGAGAAGACGUUAUACGUGAUGGAACUAUCAUCAUUCCACAAUACGUACGAAACCUCAAUAGAUUAGUGGAAGGAGAUACUGUGGGUGUCAUUCGCAAAGAUUUGGGAAUAUUGCAUUUUUAUGUGAACGGAGUUGAUCAGGGCCCGGCGGCAUUUAACAUUCCUGAACACGUGUUUGGGAUAAUAGAUUUGUACGGCCGAGUGGCGCAAGCGACUAUCGUGGACAACUAUUUGCCACCACCAAUGUAUUCGCCAGACUCACCGGUGUCUAUAGAGUCUAACACCACUGUGUACCCUGAGAUGUGCUUCCACCGUGUGCACGGACGUAAUGCGCGUCUCAAUCGCACGCGGCUGACGGCCUCGCGCGCCACCGUCUACUCGGAGUUCAACGACGCGGUGCUGUUCAGUUCGCGGCCGCUGCGCGAGUGCGACAUGUUCGAGCUCAGGAUCGACAAGAUGGUCGACUGCUGGAUCGGAAGCCUGGAAAUUGGUGUGACAGCAAUAAGACCUGAUGAUUUGGAAGCGAGCGGCGGCGUGGCGGCGGUGGCGGGCACGGCGACCGACCUCAACUGGGACACGUACAUACUGAGCGGCGCCGCCAUGAUGAAGGACGGGGAGUGCGUGCGCAGCGGAUAUCCACUUGAUCUGGACACGCUCACUGUGGGAAGCCGAGUUGGUAUGAUGUGGCACGCGGACCGCAGCCUCCACUACUACUUGGACGGCAUGGACAUGGGCAAGGCGUGGUACGUGCCGCAUCUCAACAUAUACGCCGUUGUUGACCUCUACGGACAAUGCACGCAGGUUACCAUACUCCAAAACGAAGAAAGAGCGUUUAAUUACAACGGAUGUCCGAACGCAGAGAGUGCGUUGUUGUCCAAUUCAAGAGUCUCAUCACCUCCCAUGCCUUACUGGAGUUUCUCUGAGUACUGCGGCGACAACAUAGUCCUGAUGCACGACUACGUGAUAGCGCGCCGAAUCACGUCCGACCCCACUGCGGCGCUCGUGUUCAGCUCCGCGCACCUCGCCGUCGGAGAGAUGUUUGAGAUCAAGAUAAUCGAAUGUAGGCACGGGUACGCGGGCAGCUUCCGCAUGGGCGUGACUGACGUGAACAUACUGAACGCGCACGUCAACCGCUGCCUACCGCCCGCCAUAUACCAUUUGCCGCAUUUCACCGCUUAUAUUGAUGGCCGGUACAUGAAGUAUUCGAAGCCGGGCCUGCCUAAGGAGCAAGAGGUGCAGUCGUUUAUCCCUUCUUUCGAGUGGCUUCGGCCCGGCGAUCGUAUUGGCUUGAAAAAAACCAGCGACGCACGAGUCCUCGUCUAUUACAACAACGAACAGCUCGACAUUGCUUUCGAAAGAGUGCCUGAUAAAGUAUUUGCUGUUAUGGAAAUAUUUGGCAGUAUUACGAAGAUCUUCGCCAUGCCGCUCGGCACGGGCCCGAUAAACACCAAUCAUGGAGGCACAAUACCGAACAACAUCGUGGACUACUACUACAGCACGAACAACGUGUACAAUACAAACAAUCCGAAUCCUACCAACGCGAGCAACAACGCACCGACGCCCAGCAGUAACGGUGAAACUCAGCCGAAGCGACCGACACAGAUCGCGACCAAUGGCGGCAAUAUCGGGAUACCGUGUGAGCCGACUACGAGUGGUGUGACUGGUAUGUCACAAGCGAGACAGUAUGAUGAGCCCUCCGCUCCUCUCGCUUCGCCCCCUGAUGCUUCUACACCGGACUGUAAGGAAGAUGAGAAGGUCCUCGUGACUAGUUCUGAUACAGUCAAUACUACUGAGCUUAUGAGCGGCUCGACGACUUCGGUAGUGACGGCGACGCGCCGGCGCAGACCGCCGCUGCCCUACACAUUCCAUUACGUACACGGAAAGAAUAUCAAGCUCUGUAGUUCGGAAACUGUAGCGAUGCGUACAACAGGGUAUAAAGAUGGAGUGGCAAUAAUAAGUCAACCGCUGAGAAGGGGACACAGUUUUAGGUUUCGCGUGGACAAGAUAAUGAGUGAGUGGCUGGGCAGCGUGGGCAUCGGCGCGGUGGGGCAUCUAGUCAACGAAGCGCUGCCCUCCACCGCCAUGAACCUCGAGCCGCCCGCCUGGGUCAUCACCAGUGACAUUAUAUACGACAACGGGGAAUAUACAAAAAGCAAAAAAGGUGCUGCCCUUGAGAAUCUCUGCGAGCAGUCGGUGCUGACGAUUCAUUUUCGACUGAACAGUGAUAUUGUGAUCGAUAUCGACAACGAGUCGCUCGGGGUUAUCGGGAAUGCAUCGCGCAACGCCUGCCACAUCUUCCCAGUGAUAGAUCUAUACGGGAAAAUUUGUCAGGUUUCAGUUCUUCUUCAUCCACAUGUAGUAGUCAGCGGCACUUCAAUAGACUUGCCCAUAAUAGACGAGAAUCAAAGGGAAGAGUCGCUUGCUGAGAUCGAUGUCUUCGAAACGGAUAGCAUCCGAGCUAUAUCGGAUGACGUCACUAUCGGCAGUGAUGUACGGCCCAAACGUAAACUGAAGACCUUUAGCCAUGACAAUCUUAUCGAUGACGAUUUGGAUCCAAUUGUCGCCCAGCCCGGUCCUAGUACGUACCGGGAACAACUGCCACUACCUCUUCCACAAUCCAGUCUUCCUGAUGAGUUUAACGAAACAAACAAAGACGAAAUCAAUCACGUAUCAUUGCGAUCAAACCAGCUUUCCCUGCACCAGAGCCUAAUAGUACAGGACAGCAACCGCGCCACUAGCAGUACCGAUAAUUGUAACCGUUGCAUACAAAAGAGCCACUCCUCACAUAGCUUUGGUCAUGUUAACGAAGAUUGUGAUAAUAAAGGUACAAUACGCCAUACAUACAGUGCCAAUUCGCGGAUUGCUGAUGACUCUGAUUCUAUGGACGCGGAUCAGUUUUGCGAUACAAAUAUCCGACAUAAUGAUCGUUAUCCUGAAGCGAACGACGUGGAUAACUUGGACAAUGAAAUUAUGGAUGCUUUGACGUUGGAGACUGGUAAUCUGCCGGAUUUAACUGAAGAGCAAUCUUCGUCUUUGGACGAGUCAACGCGUCGCGAUGAAAUAUGGUCCGAGCCGCUAUCAACCGAAAACCUAAAUUACCUGAAUCGUAUUCUAUGUUUUGAUCAGGAAGGUGUGGACGGACAGAGCUUAGAGUCUGAGUGGGAGGCUUCUGGCGAAGGAUGUGAACAUUUGCAUUUGGUUUUAAAAUAUUGGAAUUUCUUAGUUUGUCCUUAUCCGGAGCUUCGAAAAGCAGUAUCUUGGGGUCAAGUUCGGUGCUAUUGUAAUAAUUGCCAGCCUGAAUGUCAGUCACCAUUAGCAGGUUGGGUUCGCAUCGAGCGUAUAGACGGCGUGGGCGCGGCGCAGCGUGCAUUUUGGCACGUGUCGCGCUGCACGCUGGGGUUCGCGCAGGCGGCGCACGCGACGCUGGCCGCGCGCCCUGCCGAAGAGCCCGCCGCGCCGCGCCGCCCGCGUACGCUCGCGCCCGCGCCUUGCACAUCGCCAUCCUUCUCUGACAUAUGGUUCGACGAAGAAAGCAAGCCACAUCACACAGUAUUGGCUAUUGAAAUCGAUGUAGAAGGUUCUGCCGCAGAAAACGAUCGUCUUUUAGCAUUUCUCAUAUACUUGAAACCACAUUCCUACUUAGAAGAGAAUCCGCCAAGUCUAGAAGAUUAAGCGUACGUGUCUUACAAGUCGGACAAUGAGUAUAGUUGAUAGAGUUUUAUUAUUGUAUAAGGGGCACAAAAAGGUUGUCAUAAAGUAUUAAAGAUAUAUUGUAAUUAUGACGGUCGAGGUGACUGGUCGCCGUCGGCGUUAGUACGUUGUGAUUGUUUCGUUCGCUUCUACUCGUAUUUGUGUUCAGGUUCAAAUUUACAAAAUUGUUUGUUAGUGGAGACAUUGUGCUGCUAUUAUUGCACUAUUUAAAGAUUCAAAUAAUAUAGUGUGUAUUCAUUCAGUUUAUAUUUUAGAAAUGUAAACAAAUGUCUAUGUUUUGCAUAUGUAAUAUGUAUAUUUGAUGUUUGAAUCGGUGAGUUAUUUUGUAGACAUGUAGAUUUUAGAAAAUAUUUGAAAAUUGGGUAGAUAUUUGUGUACAUUUCUCGAAAUACUACGUAAUUUUAAUGCUUGUUAUCCAAGAAAUAAGCUUCCAAGUAAUAUUUAAGUAAUUUCUAGCUUCUAUUUCAUAGUGCACCUACAUCAGACAUUUUUAUAAAUAUGCAAGUAAUUUUUAUGAAUUAUAGAUACAUUUGACACGUAGUGAUUUGUAGCGAAAUACUAUUUGACACAGCCGUCGAUACUCACCGUUGUGGCAGUGCAUUGUCUCUUAAAUCUGUCAGACUUUAUUUAUAUGUGAUAAUGUGAUAAUUGCUCGAGUAACUACUCGGGCGGAGCCGCAAGCGUAAGCUAUUAAGCUAUUAGAGCGUAAGCUAAAAGACAGUUGUCUUUUCCCGGGAUAGAAGUCCGGCCGAGUCGAGGUUUUUUCUGGGACAAAAUAUAACUUAUGUGACUAUCGAAAUCGAAUUGUAUUCCUAAUUUGAAAAUAUUUUUGAUGUGUAGAAACUAGGACCCUAAACAUUUCCAGUAUGAAUUGGAACCUAUGUUAUUAUACAGUCAGUGAAAGCAUGGAAAUUUGACCAGUCGUUUUUGAGAAUAGACAGAACAAACCCAUAUUUUACAAAUUUAUUUUAACUAUAACAAGGUUAUGUGCAAAUAAUUAAUUAUUGUUGUUGCAAUUUCGAUAUUACUGGUACUUUAAUAUUUUCAUGUGUAAUAUUACACAUUUUUUUUUGGUUUAUUAAAUCUUAAUCAUGGCCAAUAUAACGUACAGAUGUACAGGGCGUAAGACGAAUAGAAAGUUUAGAAUAGAUCACAAUGUCAGCACACAAUAAGUUUGCAGAUAAACUUGGCCAAUACCUUGAGCAAGGUAUGUCCCAUCAAAGGCACUAUGUAGAGUAGGCUGACCCUUGAGUUUAUAAAGCUUAUUUAUACUGGAAUAUUCCAUUAUAUUUUAGCAUAGUUAACACUUUUAUUGACAAGCCGUAUUCUAAAAAAUUGUCUAUCCAUUCAUCGAAUAUGUCUUAUAAAAUAAUUUGUGCAAUUCCGUACCAUAUUUCAAUGUUAUUCAAAACACAUAGAUGUGCCAUUAGGAAUUUGAACUCUAAAUUAUCAUACUUGGAACAAUUACAUUCCCUACGCGUAAACGAUAAACUCAUGUUUGUAUUUUCGUUCGUACUGGUUUAAAUUUGACAUGUCUUUCACGUUUUACAUUGAUAUGGCAGAUCUAUACUUUUUGGAAUAUUAUUGAAACUUAAAUUUCAUAUUAUAUCCUUCGUAGUGCAGCUGCCUUGGUAGAAUUGGCUGAUUUAACGAUAAGAAAUUAUGUUCUUGACUAGUAAAUUAGUUCAAGUGAUUAGGUUUUUUUUUAUUGAGAUUUUCGUCCACACUGCUAUUUUAGUAUUGUCGCCUGAUGUAUAAUUUUAUUUAGAUAAGGUCUUGUGCACACGGUGCGAUAUGCUUUCACCGAUUUAAUUCUGUCUUUAGUUUGAGAUCUGCAUGGAAACAUGACUAUUUAUUACAUCGUAUGUAUCCAUUUAUCUUAAAUAAGUUGAAAUUGCACUUAGAAAUCGGAUUUAUAGUAAAGAUGUUUUAAAAUAGCUGUUGAAGAUAUAUGCAAGGAAAAUAUGUAUAGAAAUAGUUAUAAUGUUUUAAGUGCAUGUUCUUUGUGAGCCAUAAUCUUACGUCCGUAUUCGCUAACAAUACUUAUCAGUGAUGUAUGUUGGAUACAUACCUAAUUUAUUAAUUAUUAUUUAACUAGAUUUUGGUCGCGGUUUUGCGAACUUUCAAGUUUGUUUUUGACACAAAGUAACACUCCGAGAUAAUUGAAAGAAUUUAAAUAAUAUAUAUCUUGUUCUGGAAAUUACUUCGUAAAUCUAAAUCCGCAUAUUUACCUCUUUAUAUGGUAUUGAAUAUAGUCGGUUAUUGUUAAAAUUCUAUUAUCAAAUAUUAUUAAAAAAAAAUAGAUUAAAUUAGAGUCUGCAACGGUUAUUUUUACGGGAUUGGAUCGAAGAUUAAUAUUUGGAUGAUUUAUCGAAAUAAAUCGAAUUUAACAGCUCCUUACGUCAUCUGCGGUUUUAGCCAUUAUUAUAAAACUUGUGGAUACGGGCGUCAGGAUUAUUUGUUAUUUAUACUUGGCAAUUUUAGAUUCAAUAUCGGAUACAAACUUCUGUAGAGUAUAAUAUGAGCUAAUAUAUGUUCAUGAGUAUUUUAAAACAAUGUUUUCACCAAAACAUCGAUAGUUUGGUAUUCUAGUCUUGAAUUAUGUACGCUUACAUUUAAGAUUAUAUUUAUGUGAUUAUUAGGUUAUUUAGAGUUGUAUUAACUUAGUAAUCCUGAGGAGUAUUUAUAUUUGUGGCACACAAGGAUUUCUUUCUGCCUCGUUGUCUUGAUAUGAUUACAAUUAUUAAAAAGUAUAUAAGAACAUCGAUAUAAAAUUUUGUUUGAUACAGUAAGUAUUUUAAGAUUGUUUUGUGGUAAUUUGCUUGAUAAUUGGUUAUUGACGAUGUGUGCUAAUUUGGUUGCUGUAUGUCGGACAGUUUACUGCGUAAAAUUCAUCCAUUAUAGUGUCUAUUAAAACGAGUAAUUCAUGAAUUUAUUGUACUCCCAUUAAGAUAAUUCAUUCCCGUCAUAGGCAUCAUAGAUAUUGAGAAUUUAAAUAUUCACUUUGUAUUAUGAAGAUAGUUUUUCUCUAAAGUUCAUAAAUCUAGAAACUAUUCAUGCCAAACAAAUGCUUUACCACUUUAUUAUAUUUACGGCCGUACUUUGACCUCGAAUACUUGUGUUAUUUGGUUAUACUAUUUAUACUUGUAUGCAUUGUGUAGUUACAAAAAUUGUAGCAUGUUUAUUCUAUAUUAUGAUUUAACAAAACUGAUGAAAUAAACUCGGAAGUAAUAAAAACUUUUUAACCCUA